AGUCUCACAGCAACUGCUGCGGACGUCGGACUUGAUUUUCUCAUCCCCCCGUUGUUGUCCGAGAAAUGGGAAUCUGGUGGAUGGGCACUGUGGCCAUGAAUUCGCGCGACGGAGUGCCAAGUGAGGAGUGCACAUCGCGAAGGAUCACGGAUUUCAGUAUAAGUUCCAUUCUACGCAAGGACGAUCCUCCGGCUGCUGUGCCAAGGAUCACGCGGAGGCCACUCAAUAAAGUGUUCGAAAGCCCAUGGGCAUCCCAGUGUCCUGUUGUGUUUAACCCCGUGGCCAGGGUGGUGGGGGAGUAUCAAUGUGAGGCAUCCUUUGUGCAAAGUCCCAGUGAGAAGAGCCACCGAGCAACAAAGUACGAGUGCGAGGAAUGCGGAAAGGGAUUCUCGCAGUUGCGUAACUACAAGUACCACAUCAGCAUCCAUCGGGGUACGAAGGAAUUUGCCGCCCACUGCCCAGAAUGUGGGAAGAUGUUCAACGACAAGGGCUACCUCAGUAGCCACCUCAAGAUCCACAGAAAUCGCAAAGAGUACGCAUGCCCACACUGCCCAAAAUCCUUCAACCAACGCGUUGCCUUCAACAUGCACGUGAGGAUCCACACAGGCAUCAAGCCACACAAAUGUACUGAAUGUGGGAAGAGGUUCUCCCGGAAGAUGCUCCUCAAGCAACACUCCCGAACACACAGCGGCGAAAAACCCUACCAAUGCACAAUCUGCGGCAAAACUUUUGCAGAUCGCAGCAACAUGACACUCCACCAGAGGCUGCAUUCGGGCAUUAAGCCCUUCUCUUGUCCCCUCUGCCCAAAGGCCUUCACGAAGAAGCACCACCUCAAGACGCAUCUCAACUACCACACUGGCUACAAACCCUACCACUGCCCGCAUCCCAACUGCGGUCAAUCCUUCACGCAAUCCAGCAAUAUGCGUACCCACGCCAAGAAGUGCCACUUCCAACCACCUCCGGAACUUCCCGCACCGACUCUCACCUAAUAUAAAAUCCAAAGGAAAAAGCCUUUUCUAUCUGAGGAAAAUGUCGAUAACUUUAUUGUUUUUUUUUUAUCAAUCUAUUUCAUAUUUCCCUCAUUCUGCAAUAAAAUUGAAUUUUUGAUUUAAUUGAAAGAGAGUUUAAAGCAAAAGAAAAAAAUGUAAAACAAAAAAAAAGU